UCUCUUUAAACGCAACAAAACAAAACAAAACUUACAAACUUUCUUUCUCUCCCUCUCGAAGACGCUGAAAAGAAAAACACUGAAAAUGCUUAAUCUAUGGACUUGUUUCUUACUUUCCUUUCUCUCAUCCUUCAGUGUUUUGUUCGGCGGUGUCGGUGCUUCUUUGGUGUCGGAAAAUCCAUUUACUCCAAAGGCCUCCGUGAUUCGUUACUGGAACAACGAGAUCCGCAGUGAAAUACUCAAAACCCAUUUUUUGCUCUCCAAAGUUUCGCCGCUAACCGCCGUCGACUCGGCCGGUUUUUCUAAACUGGCUGCCCAAAACGACCUUGCUUCCCGUCUCCCUUCUUUUUGUUCCGCCGCCAAACUAUUUUGCUUCCCUGAUUUAUCCCCGAGUUUCGAGAAGCACACCGGAGAUGUAAAGUUCGCGGUCUACGCCAUCAAGAAUUUCACCAAUUAUGGAACGGACCGACUCUCUGGAGUUGACUCGUUUAAGAACUACUCGGAGGACAACAACGUUGUCGUCGACUCGUUCCGCCGAUACAGUCGGGACUCGGCGGGCCACAAGGAACAAUUCUCCAAUUAUGCUAGUGAAGCCAACGUCGUGGACCAGAGCUUCAACACCUACGCCACCGAUGCCAUUGGCGGUUCCGGAGACUUCAACAACUACAACAAAGAAGUCAACAAUCCCAAUCUCCGUUUCACUUCGUACUCCGACGACUCCAACGGGCACGGGCAGAUAUUCACACAGUACACCGAGAAUGCCAACGCCGGGAACGGGCAGUCAUUCACGAGUUACGGGAAAAACGGUAACGGCUUCCCUAACGACUUCAGUAGUUACGGGAAAGGAGCCAAUGUGAUAGGGUCAGGAUUUUCUGGUUACGGGGAAUCAGCCAACGGGGCGAAUGACAGUUUCACUUCGUACGGAUUCGACUCCAAUGUUCCGCAAAAUACUUUCAAGAGUUAUGGAGACGGCGGCAAUGCGGCGGUCAACAGUUUCUCAAGCUACCGCGAUCAAGCCAAUGUGGGUGACGAUUCUUUCCAAUCGUACGCCAAAAAUUCCAACGGAGAGACGGUCGAUUUCUCAAACUACGGCCAAUCGUUUAACGAAGGAACCGAUAAAUUCACAGGGUACGGCCAAGGAGCGAUGGGCCAGUCCAUUGGGUUCAAAAUCUAUGGAAGAAACAACACUUUCAAGGAUUAUUCAAAAAAGGGUAUCACUUUCAGUAGAUACAACAACGAGAGUUCCUCUGAAACUGCUCAAGUUAAGGCCAGUGGCAGUGUCAUGAAUAAAUGGGUGGAGCCGGGCAAAUUCUUCCGGGAAAAGAUGCUGAAGCGAGGGACGGUGAUGCCAAUGCCGGACAUAAAAGAUAAAAUGCCAGAAAGGUCGUUUUUGCCCCGGACCAUUGUUUCAAAAUUACCGUUUUCUUCCUCCAAGAUCGAUGAAUUGAAACGGAUAUUCCGGGCGGGGGCUAACUCCACACUGGAAACCCUAAUGCUCGACGCCUUAAAAGAGUGCGAGCGAGCACCGAGCCCCGGCGAGACCAAACGGUGCGUGGGAUCGGUGGAGGACAUGAUCGACUUCGCCACCUCGGUUCUGGGGCGGAACGUGGAGGUUCGUACGACGGAGAGCGUUAAGGGGUCGAAGCAGAACAUAAAGAUCGGAACCGUGAGAGGAAUCAACGGUGGGAAAGUAACGAAAUCGGUUUCUUGUCACCAGAGUUUGUACCCGUAUUUGCUUUACUACUGUCACUCGGUUCCCAAGGUCCGGAUAUAUGAAGCGGAUAUUCUGGAUCCGAAUUCAAGGGAGAAGAUCAAUCACGGUGUGGCCAUCUGUCAUUUGGACACAUCUAGUUGGAGUUCGAAUCACGGGGCAUUCUUGGCUUUGGGUUCGGGUCCGGGUCGGAUCGAGGUUUGCCACUGGAUUUUCGAGAACGAUAUGACUUGGACCAUAGCUGAUUCGUAAGUAAAUUUGGUUGAAAAAAAAACCUUUGGCUAAGAUAACUUAGCCAAUGAUGAAAUUAUGAAUUUGUCCAUUUUGUUUUUUUUUCUCUACUUUAGUUUAAGAUUAUGGAAUGCAAUACAGAAAUAUGAAUUAUUUUUUCUUUU